GCCUUUUGAACGCUGAGAUCUCUGGGUUCGGCCGCUGAACGGACCUCUCUUGUACCUCAUCUCUAAGGGCAAGGACGUGCCGCUGACAGUUCGAGGUUCCCGGCUGCUCUCCUUCCGGACGAUAGAUCUGACUUCUCCCGCCCAUCCGAGCGGUCCUGCCCUGCUCCAGGACCCGAGCGGGAUGGCGACAAGAGUGCCGCCCGCCUAUCCGCCACCAGGAGAUCCUCCCGACUCGGCCAUGCAGCCAUUCUCGCAACCGGAGGACUCCCAGUCAGCCCCUCGCGCUCGUCACCUCGUGCUCGUCACUCGUCACCAGUCCUUCCUUUCUGCCUGGACCUCCCACGGCGUGGAUGACUCCCGCGCGCAGACCUUCCACGUGGCGUUCAUGAUGAUUCGGUGGUCGGGAGGAGUGGAAGCGGCGCGCACGGCGCUCGACAACCUCACCCGGCAGGCAUUCGGCGACCCCGCCAUGCGGGAGGCGGUGAAGGCGGCCUCCUCGCCGCUACUGAUUGGCAUCGCCGAGUCGCUCGAGUACUCAUCCGACCCCGGGUCGUCGCCGAAGCGAAAACGGCGGUGCCAACGGGGCAAGAAGGGUCGCCCGAUCUGGUCGGGGGGCGGCUUCGAUGCGUCCUAGGGCUUUCCAGGGCGCCGGCCGCCCAAUCAGCGGCGGCGGUG